GUUGCUUCUCCGCAGAGCACUUAUAUGCCUUUGGAACGAGAGCUGCACCAUAUGUCAAUGUGCGAUUUCUGCUCAUGACACUUGCACGUGCACGAGGAAAGUUCCUUCGCUCGCAAUGAGAUCGAUACACUGCUGUUAAAUUUUAGUUAUUCACUCGCCCAUUGCAAUUCUGCAAGAUGAGGGGUACAUCCCCUCUAUAGGAGUAGGAGUUCCCGAAUAAUCUCCCCAGAUUUCCUCGUAUUUUGAGCGGAGACGUUAUCACGGAUCGGUUUGCAAUUCUGCUGGACGCCCACUCGUAUAAGACUUUCUUCUUCCGCGUGUAUGCACUGGCGCGUCUCUGGAGACGCGCUCUUCUACAGGCAUAUAAACGCAUGUACAUUGUAGACCCAUCCAGGCAUCUGCAUCCCCACCCGAUCCUGGGGGCCAUAGCCAUUCAUUUCAGUCUCGCUUCCCCAUUUGCACCUCAAACAAAAGUUACCGUAAUGGAUCGCAGAGUUCAACGCCAUGACAAUUCCGACAGAACCUCGUACCCUCCCCAUGUCGAAACUACUCCUACCGACGGAAUGGAAGACAGCCCUCCAUACCGUGUACUAUCCCAGAACUACACGCACCGAGGGACAUCUACAGCCAUGCGCGCAGCUCCUCAAGGCCUCGCGCUUUCGCCUCAAGGUUUCUCAGAUUUUGGCCAACACAUUCCUACAAUGAGCGACCAAUACUACGCAUCUGGGGCAGCACCCCACCAUUCUUCCUUUGAUGGUAUGACUUAUGAUAUGACCCAUCCUCAAGAACAAACCUCGGCCACAUUCGGGCUCAAUGGCACUUUUCUGUCAGCACCUGCCAAUAGCAGCGUAGGGGAGCCCUCGUCAGCGUUGAGCAAUGCCCUAGGAUCCCACGCUCGGUUGCACUUUGACAGCUCCGAAAAUAAAGUGAUCGCUUAUGGUCCGCCUGGCACGUCAUACGGUCAGGUCUCCUUUGCAGCGGCCGCUCCCACGCAUCCGUACACGACGGACCCAUAUCCGCAACAUCUGUCUGACCCUUCGUACAAUUUUCCAUCAUUUUCACGCACUCACCACGACAACGCUCUUGUUGUGCUCCCUCUCCCGCGAAGUACCGGCGUUCGCUGUCAAUGGGGGAGCUGCCAUAUGUCACUGGACGAUGUCACCCCAGGCGGGAUCAGAAGACAUCUACUCCAGCACCAUCGUGAAGACGCUCUCGUCGUUGGGAGAAGGGAUCGCGGACACUGUCGAUGGUCCAGCGAUGUCGUCUGCGACCGCGAAAUGGAUCGCGCGAGUUUCAGCAAGCACAUCGCUGCCGUGCACAUCAGAAGCACCGCGCAGGAAUGUCCGCAGUGUGGGACAACGAUCGGAAGGCCAGACUCGCUCCAGCGUCACAUCCGUGAGCACUGCCCUCAACGACAGAGCUCAGUCAGUGGCUUGCACUUCUGAUGCUCCUUCAUGCUAGUCAUGGAGGAUGCCGUUUAACUAGGCCUAUAUUACCAUGCUACCUAAUUAUUCAAAGACCUGCUGCUCUUCCAAAAUUCAACCGGCGUUGCACUAGAAAAUCCGCUGGUUUCAGGAUUUCAUGAUCAUCUUUCCGCUAUGUAUCCUACCUUUCUGUUAUUCUAACGUGUAUCAUUAGCUCUUGAAUGUAGCAUAUAUAUAGGUAUAUCUAUACAAGUAAUACUCAGGCGAACAAUGUUCCAGAAACGGGGAACACAUCCCUCCAACGAGGUGCUGAAGUUCGAAGAUGAUGCCGCUUCA